AUGGCAGAUGAUGAACCCGAAUACCGUGAGGCAGCGAAUCCGAUAGAGGCUUUCAUUGACUGCGCACGUUACGACGAGCCUGGGGAUGCCGAGGCGCUACGCACACUUUUAUCAAAUUCUCCGUCGUUCCUCAACUCUCAGGACGAGCAGGGACGAACCGCCCUACACGUAGCUGCGGCAAAUGGUCGUUUGAAAGUACUCGAAACGCUCUUAGGAUAUAAUCCAACACCUGAUGUACCGAACAAUGAAGGCAACACCGCUUUGCAUUUCGCGGCGCUUAACAAUCAGACGGCUGCUGCUCGAUUGCUUUUAAGGCACGGAUGGCGCGCGUCUGCAAGAAACGCUUUCAAUAAAACCCCAAUUCAACUCAUUUACGGUAAGCAGUUCGAGGAUAUGGAGCUACUGCUUCUAGGCCACGACGACGAGUUGGAACAAUUCAGUGGUCAGGCGAGUCAGGCAGCGCGCGGCCCAGCGGUGGUAAAUGAGGCAACUGUGCAGCAGCAACCUGCUGUAGAAGCGGAGCGUGCUACAAAUGCGGAGCAGCCUCGUGUAAAUCCUGUUCAGAAGGAACAGGAAAGUGAUCCCACGACGCUACUGGGCUCCGUGGGUGUUGAUGAAAUCGAAUGA